AUUAAUAAUAAUUUUGAACUAUCUAAUUUUUCAUAAAAGAUGAAGGUAAAUAAAAUGUUAUGAAUUAAGGAAAGUAACGUUAAUCAUCUGUACAUACUGAACAAUAGAAUAGAAGAUCUUACAGAAGAUCUGCAUCAGCUGUUUAAUCAGGAAGAAAAAUCUCACAUAGUGCCAUUACAUUAGGUGACAAUUAAAUUCAAAUUACAAUGAUCAAUAACAUUACUUAAUGUUUAGCCAAAAAAGUACUUUUUUCUAUUCUAAAAUUUAGAAAAUUUAUGUUGAAAUAUACUCAGGUCCUUAAUAAAAUGAUCGCAAUCAAUCAGAUUGUGAAGAUGAGAUACUUUAUGCCUUAGGGGCUACAAUUGUAAAAAAAUUAAGUAAACAUACUCAUUAUCUAAUUUGGCAAUGUAAAUUCGAAUUCAAAUUUUAGAUGGUUUUUUAAGCACAUUAGAGAAAGCUAAGGAAUGGAAUAUUAAGAUAGUUAAUCCUAUGUGGGUCAAUGAGUAAAUAUAUAAUUUAUUUUAGAUGUCUUACAAAAAAGAGGGAAGUUGAUGCUUCAAAUUUUCCAAUCAUUACAUUAACACCUUAAGAAAUGUAAGAAUUACUCAAAAAAGAUGUAUUAUUAUAUUCUUAAAUAGAAAGUUCAUUUAAAGAAAGGAAAAUAAUCUAAUCAAUAAAUUUUAGAUGAAGAAGAAGAAGAUAUCAAUGAAUUUAAAACAAGAAACAUUAUUAAUUAAUUUAAGAGUCAACUUUAAUUAAUACCUAAAGUUAUCAAUAAAUCUUAUGUGUCUAUCUCAAAUUUUUAACAACCAUCUAAAAGUAUCCGAGGUUUAGCAAAAUAAUCAGAUAUCAUUCAUGAAGAACUUGAUACAGAAUAAUUAGAAGUAUCAUAAAAAAUUAAUUCUUAAUUAAUAUCUAAGAAAAGUUCUAAAGCUAAAUAAUCAAAACCUCAAUAAAUUGACUAAAAAUUUACUCUAGCUUUACAUAAAUCUUGUGAUGGUAAUAUAUUGAAUUUAUUUGAAUCGAUUAAUCUAAAGUAAAUUUAAUUAAUAAUUAAGCUAUUAGUAUCAACUUGUUUUAGAAGAGGAUAUUAAAAUUAAGUGUGAUAUACUUAUUAUCAAUGAAGAUAAACUUAUUUAUGAUUUGAUUUUCUGUUGUUGUUGCUUAAAUAAGUAGACAAAAAUUGUUUCUUAAAAAUGGAUUAUUCAAUAACAACUUAAUCCAUAAAAAGUCAUAUCUUUUAGUCAGUAUCUUUUGACCUAUAACAUGCAAAAAAGUAUUAAUUAAAAGUUCACAAUAGAAAUAUUGUUUCCCUAUAAUUUUUAUGUUCAUUUUUCCAAACCCAAAACUUCCUAACAAAAGACAAUUCAUUAAAAUCUUAGGUAAGGAUUAGAAUAAUUAAUUUAAAAUUUUGGUGGAAAGGUAAAAUAUAAAUUUCAAAUUAAAAUAGAUUACCUAGAAAGAAUUUUGUGAUAUAAUGAUUGUAAUGAAAAUCAUGUUUAAGACCACCGCAUAAGCUAUACUCAAUUCAAAUCCUAAUAUUAAAAUCAUUCAUGCUGAAUGGUUAUACAAGUCAAUUUAAUAAGGCUGUUUGAUUGAUUUAAAUGAAUAUAUAAUUUAAUAAUGA